AUAUAGGGGACACUAAAUUUUACAACUUGACAUAGCAAUUUGGCAUAUCAAGAAAGUUAUUUUUAUCUCAUCAGAUUUUUAUUUGGCUCUUAAUAAUCGCAGAGAAAACAUAAUUUUUCAUUUCAUGUGUACUAUCGACACUUCAUAAAUCAAUUGACUGCUAUUCCACUAUGAGUGCGCAUGCGCGGUCAUGCGCAGUAUUGGUUUUAUCUACACGGGUGACGGGUAAUUGCGUAUAUGUGAGAAGUAAAUACUGAUCAACACAUCUCAGUGAUCGCUUCCCAUCUCGUAAAACAAAAGGAGCGCGAAUAUUACAGGAUUUGUCGUGUGUUUAUGAUGAAUAGUACUGUUCACGUGCCGAAUAUGAACACAAUCCCGUUGGAUUCGACGAUAACAGUUGAAGAUUCGGAGCCAGAAAUGAUUGAUCUGGAUUCAAGUCCCGAUAGAAUUACUUGUCUCGACAACAGUGCAAUAUGCAAUUCAGAGAAGACUGAGUAUUUAACUACGGACGACGUUGACGCUAUUAACGAAAUGACGACUCAUUCAUCCAGCGAUAUGCAGUCGAACGAUGAAACUUUGCGGCCUGCUUUUAAGGUUAUGUUUCGCGAUGAAAAGACUGCGAGACAAUAUCGACGACAAAUAAGAGAGUUUUUGCACACUUUAGUGCAAUCGGAUCCAUCUCAAAAGGAAGAUGUAAAUGAAUCAAGUUUGAUUUUAGAAAUUUGGGAUAACAGAAAUAAUUCCAAAGAUCAAGAAUCAUUUAUGGAAAGUAAUAGUGAACCGAAUGACACAAUGCAAAGCGAUGAUACUUGCGAUUUAUUGUUUACGAUUGAUAAACAACCAAAUGUAAAGAAUAAUUUGGACAUCCCAAAAUAUGGACAAAAAUAUAAGGGUACAUUUGAGGAAUCAAACUCUGAAACGUCAAAAGAUCUCGCUCCAAAAUUAAAUUGCUUCAAUUGUAAUGGAAAUCAUAAUAUGCGAGAAUGUCCGUUGCCUAAAAAUCAAGCCAAUAUUAAUAAGAAUCGUAAAGAAUUUGUUGCAAAGUAUACAGGAGUACGAUAUCAUAUGAGCGAGGAUCAGAGGUUUAGUCAUAUGAUUCCUGGUCAGUUGAGCCCAAAACUACGAAAGGCUUUAGGACUGAAAGACAAUCAACUACCUAGGCACAUAUAUAGAAUGAGAAUGUUUGGCUACCCACCAGGCUGGUUGGAAGAAGCACGCUUACAACAUUCUGGAAUAUCACUGUUCAAUUCUGAUGGGGUAGCUGAGGCAGACCCGAAUCAGGAAGAAGGAGAAAUUAUUACGGAGAUAGAUAAAGAUCAAUAUGACAUGAAAAAGAUAUAUGACUUUCCUGGUUUUAAUGUACUACCUGCUCCUAAUAUGAUUGAUGACAGCCACAAGCAGUGUAGGAUACCACAAAUGCAACCAAUGCACAGUAAGGAGAUAAUGUUAUCAUACUUGAAAGGUAAAAAGGCAGACGAUGGUUACAAACGGAAGAAGUUGGUGUUACCUCCACCAGUAAUGAAUAUUCCGUCAACGCUCGGUGACAUGGAAAUAGAUGACCUCGAAGAAGGUGCCGUGGAUAAUGUGUCUGUUAAUGGACAUUUCAUACCACCGUUACCCAAGGAAUUGGUGGAGACGUUGCCAGCACCAUUGCCGCCACCGCCACCGCCACCACCACUACCACCACCAGCGGCAACAGCAGCAACAUCAUCAUCAUCAGAAGCAUUUCAAUCAACAACGGAAGAUUCAGACUCGCAAUUGCGAGAAUUGUCCCCAGUUGAUUCUACAUACACAUCCUUGACUAUAAAUUCGCCAUCACUGUCUGACUUGGAAUAUGUGAAAAAGGAGCUACUUAGAGAACUUGAACAUGCAAAUUCGCAGUCCAAUAGCGGUUUCACGUCGUUGAAAACUGAUUCAAAUGCCACAUUUGUGUCAGAUAACUCAUUUUCCGAUACAGUGACUACAUCCCAUUGCACAUCGCGCGAAUCUUUAAACACAAGUCAAGACUCGGUGAAGAACUGUCUUGACGAGUCAUUCAACAGCGAUUUGAACGUGUCGCCUUCCCACAUAGCGACUACUUCAACUCCUGCGCAAAAAUCUUCGCAUCAAUCUUCCAUUAAGUCGGUGCACUUAGGUACACCACUACUGUCAAGUGCAUCCCCGUAUAAUAAAUUGCCGUCGUCGGAAAAAUUUUCCAAAAACAUUAGCAACCUUAUCAACUUCGAGAACUUACCUGACUCAACAGGUAAAUAUGAACAGAUGACAGGUGUCUUACAAAAAGUUAGAAAUACCAUGGCAAGACUGAAUCAAGAAACAUAAAUAGACAAUUUACGGAGAGAUUGAUAGCGUUCCGUAAGCAUCGAUUGACUAUUUAUACACAUGAUCUUUCGGGAGAGAAAUAUUUAUGAUCACUAAAAUUGGUGUGAAAUCAAAAUUAAAAUUGAUUAAAGUGGGUAAAUUAAGAAGUAUUCUUCCUUAUUUUUUUCUCUUUAAUUCAAGCUGAAAGAAAACACUUGCAAAUAUAUAGGAUUGAUAUCCUAUUGUAAAUAGAUAUUUUGGAGUCUAAAAGUGUAAUGUAAGACAUAUGUGUUCAUUGAUGAUGAUAUCUAGAGAACAGAUAUCUCAAACAGCACCGUCCGCGGACCGAAUCGUAGUCCAUUAACGGACCAUAAUGGAAUAUUUUAUUUUUUUAUAUAUGGAUUGUCUCAUUAUAUGUAUCGAGAACGUAUUUUUGUUUAUUAAAUUCCCAAGUACACCUUAUUCGAAAUUGUGAAGAAAUCUCUAUAAAUUUGCAUUAUAAUAAGAUGCUUUCGGAUAAAAAUUUAGUAUCAUUAAAACAUCUUAAUGAUUUAUUAUAAAUCUAUAAAUGACGUAUAGAGCACGAUAUUUUAUGCAUCGAUGUAUAAUAUAGGUAUAAUUCAUUCAAUGUAUCACAUUGUAUAUAUACAUGCACACAUACCUAUGUGUGUGUAAAAACAACGUAAAUUGUUGUCUUUUCAAAAGUACAAAAUAUAGACAGGUUUUCGUUACAUAAUCACUGUUAAAGAAAAUUGUAAAUAUUUAUUUUAUUUUUACAAUAUCUUUAUAAGUCGAUUUUUUUUUGCUUAAUUUUAGUCAAACGCGAUACAUAUAUCUUGUACAUAUUGAAAAGAAAUGAAAUAUUAAUCUGUGAUCUGUGAUAAGUAAUACAUAUUUGAAAACGCAUGUUGUGAUGAACUAAAGUCAUAAAAUUCAUGAACAAUUUAUCGAUUAAACUAUCGAGUAUCAGUUUAAAUUGCUAAAUUUGAGAUCACAGAGCAUAAUGUGUAAAUAUAUU